GACAUGCUGUGGUGCUGGUCCAGGCCUGAGGUCUCAGUGAGGGGAUCAACAGGCCGGUGACCAGGGUGAAGGCUGUAGGCAGAGAGGGAACAGUAAAAAACACCAGAAGAAGAAGGAGAAGAAGAAGAAGAGCAGGGUGUGGAAGGAGACAGGAAGUGAAGGGUCAGAGGUUAAAGGGACUGAGCUGCAGGUGGAGGUCUGACACCUUUGUGCUGCUGAAGACUCUGACAGAGAACAAGACGACAGCCAUGUUAUCAACCAGUCCAGAGAUCCAGCCGUGAAGGACAAGAGGAGGUCGCCGCCCUCGAACAGAUCCCCCUCCGCCUCCCAACGCAACCCCCGCCACAGCGGAUCCACCGACGAACAGGAGAGUCCGGAGAGAGUGGUGCAGAAGGAGAAGCUUCAUGCAGAGCUGAAGCAGGUUCUGAGUCAGAAGAGAAGCCACCUGAGAGAGUCGACCUGCCAACUGGCCCAACCCGAGAUGGACUCAGAACCGACGGACGACCAGAGCGUGGAGGAGGUGUCGAAGCCACUGGAAAUCGUGGUGGAGACGGAGGCCGAGGCCGGCGCCAGCGGAUACAGUGUGACCGGCGGCGGAGAACGAGGCAUCUUCGUGAAGGACGUCCUUAAAGACUCUCCAGCUGCAAAACAUCUCAGCCUACAGCAAGGUGACCAGCUCCUGAGCGCCAAGGUCUACUUCGACAACGUCAGAUAUGAAGACGCCCUGAAGAUACUGCAGUGUGCGGAGCCCUAUAAGGUCAGCUUCCAGCUCAAGAGGACCAUUACCGGAGCUGAGAUCACCACGAGGCCCCGGGUCCCCAGCGUGGAGGUCAAAGGUCCCAAAGCCAAGAUGGCCAAAAUGAGCGUGAAGGGCAUGAAGUCAUUUAAAGCCAAGAAGAAGCGAGGCGGUCGGUUCGGUCUCAAGAGGUUGAAAGAGAAGCGAAAAGAAGAGCUGGUGAUAGAAGGGACACCCCCCAGGUUGGAAAUGAGCGACGUGGAUGUGGAGUUUUCCCUCCCCAGCUUCAAACAGAGGAGGAGCGCUAAGGCUGAAGCAGAAGGAACAGCUGUGGGAAAGGCGAAGAGGAGGAUCAGGUUUCCUUACAUGAAGACAAAGGCGUAUGCUGGAGCAGAAACAGGACAAGUAGAAACCGGACAGAUGGAGAUACCUGGAGCAAAAGUGAAAACUAAAGGCAAAGGACACAAGUUUGGAAUUGCCUUUCCUAAAUCCAAACACCCAAAGGCAGACUCUGGAUCUGUGGAGCUAAAACCACCAGAUGUGAACAUCCAGCCGCCGUCAGUGGAGUUCAGUUUGGAUGUGGACAAGGCUGGAGCUAAGGUUAACACACCUGAUGUGGAACUUGCCCUCCCUUCAGGAAAAGCUGAUGUGUCUUUACCGACUGUGAAAGGCAAAGCUCCAAAAAUCAACGUCAAAGGAGGGGUUAAUACAGAGGCAGCUGGAGGGACGGUCGACGUGGAUGUUGGCAAAGGGGACACAAAGCUCAGGAUGCCAAAGCUGAAAUUACCCAAAGUUCGACUGUCACGUCAUUCAGAUGAAAUAGAUGGUGACAUCAAGGUUAAAGCAGGAGGUGUGAAAAUUCCUGAUGCUGAUGUAAAACCUCCAAAAGUAGACAUCAAAGCAUGUGGUAAGGUUGAUCUUCCUGAGGCAGAGGUGGAAGGUGGUCUCUCAGGAAAACUUCCUUCUGUUGAGAUGUCUAUACCAGAAGUGAAGGGAAAUGCUGAUGUGGACGUUUCACUCCCAGAGUUUGAAGGAGCUGGGAAGACAACCAUCAAAAUGCCUGCUAUUGACAUUUCUGUACCUGAUGUUGACCUGGAAAUGGACACUGGACGUAGAAUUCCUGACGAGGUGGAGGGUACUUUUAGAGGACCCAAAAUUUCCAUGCCAAAAGUUGAUGUCUCAUUACCAAAAGUGGGAUCACCUGAUGUGGACUUUAAAGGUCCAGACAUUGGAGGUAAAUUCAGCCUACCUUCAGUCGAUAUCUCUCUGCCAAAGGUAGAAACACAAGGUGCAGAUGUGGACAUGGACUAUUACGUUGGUGGAGAUGGUAAAUUCAAAAUGCCUAAUUUUGACAUAACUCUCCCAAAAAUGAAGUCACCAGAAGGAGAUGUAAAUCUAGAAGGUCCUGAUGUGGAAGGGGGAUUUAAGCUGCCUAAAGUGGACUUGACCCUUCCUAAAGGCAAAGCAGGAACUGUUGAUAUCUCUCUUCCUAAAAUGAAGACAGGGGAGGUAGAUGUUGACAUUGAAGGCCCUGAACUAAAGGGUGCUGAGUUCAAAAUGCCCAAAAUGGACAUUACUCUGCCCAAAGGGAAAAUAGAAGGAGAUAUAGAUGUAAGAGAGCAUGCUGGGAAGGGAGGGAAGUUCAAAAUGCCUACAUUUGAUGUUUCACUGCCAAAGCUGAAACAAAGUGAAGGCCACAUGAAAGUAGAGGGUCCUGACUUUGAGGGUGAAGGUCAGAUCCAGAUGCCCACUGUUGAUGUGUCUCUACCUACAGGAAAAGUUGAGGGCAACGUAGAAAUAGAAGGUCCGUCUGCUAAAGGAGGGAAAUUCAAAAUGCCCUCAUUGGACGUGAAACUUCCAAAAGUAGCGACAACAGGAGCUGAGAUUGAUUUGGAAGGUGAUACCCCAUCAGUAGACAUUUCUUUACCAAAAGAUAAAGCCAAAGGUGAUGUCACCAUCAAGGGAAAAAGGGGAAAGUUUAAAAUGCCAAAGAUGAAAUCUCCUGAGGGUAAGAUUGUCCUGGAGGGUCCUGAAAUCGGAGGUGGAAAGUUUACGAUGCCCUCUGUUGAUAUCUCUGGUCCUCAAGGGAAAACAGAUGGUAAUUUGGACACGGGUGGCAAAUUUAACCUGCCAUCUGUAGACAUCUCAGUGCCAAAGAUGAAUCUACCUGAGGGAGAAGUUAAGAUCGAAAGCCCUGAAUUUCCAGAUGCUGACUUUUCACUUCCCAAAGCACAAAUAGAGGGUGACAUGGAGCUCGAUGCUAGUGGCGGUGGUGGCACAGCCAAGUUUAAGAUGCCCAAGUUUGACAUCUCACUACCAAAAAUGAAAGUACCCGAGGGAGAGGUUGAUGUUGAAGGACCUGAAGUCAAAGGAGGAGCAAAGUUCAACAUGCCAUCACUUGAUGUCUCUCUUCCUUCAGUCAAAUUACCAGGGAGUGAUGUGAAGAUCGAAGGUCCUGAAGCCGAAGGGGGGAAGUUUAACAUACCUUCUGUAGAUGUGUCACUUCCAAAGGUUGAUGUUAAAGGUCCUGAACUUAAAGUGAAGUCACCAGAGGCAGAUUUCAACCUAAAAGGAAGUGGGAUUGAUGUGCCUACAGUUGAUAUUUCUCUUCCAAAAGGAAAAAAGAAGAUAGAUAUUGAAGGACCAUCAGGUAAAGGAGGAAAGUUCAAAAUGCCCACUUUUGAUGUAACACUACCAAAUGUGAAGACACCCAAAGGAAGCUUUGACCUAAAGGGACCUUCAUUUGAUAUCUCACCUCCAAAAGGGAAACCAGAGGGUGACAUUGAACUUAUAAAGCCAACUAUUGAUAUCUCACCACCUCAAGGAAAUUUGGCAGGAGAUAUCACCACUGAUGGAAACGGAGUGGAAUUUGGACUCCCAUCUGUAGACAUUUCCCUCCCUGCAGUCAAAUUACCAGAAAGAGAUGUCAGUUUUCAGGGGCCAAAAGUUAAAGGAGGGGAGUUUAAAAUGCCAAAGAUUGACCUUUCACUUACUAGAAGAAAAGGAAAAGGAGAUAUUGAUAUUGACAUUCAUCCAGGACAAGAUUAUAAUAUAGAAAUGCCAUCUUGUGACAUUGGACUUCCGAAAGGCAAAGUCAAAGGUGAAGUAGAUGUUGAAGGUCCUGAAGUAAAAACGGGUAAAUUCAAAAUGCCAAAAUUUGACAUUUCUCGUCCAAAGAUGAACCUGCCAGAAGGGGACAUCAAAGUUGAAGGUCCAGAAAUUAAAGGAAAAAUGGAAAGGCCCACUGUUGAUGUUUCACUCCCAAAAGGAAAAGUUGACCUAAGUGUUGAAGGCUUGCAAGGCAAGGAGGGAAAAAUACAGAUGCCCAAAUAUGACAUUUCAUCACCAAAGGUAAAUUUUCCAGAGGGUGAUGUGAAAUUUAAAGGACCUGAGAUCAAGAGCAGGAAGAUUGAGAUGCCAGACAUUGAUAUUUCACUUCCCAAAGGUAAAGCAGGAGCAGACAUCGAUAUUGAAGGAUCACUGGGCAAAGGAGGCAAGUUCCAUAUGCCCUCUGUUGACCUGUCUCUACCUAAAAUAAAAGCCAAAGGACCAAAGCUGGACAUAGAAGGUCCUGAAGUUAAAGGAGGAAAAAUCAACAUGCCAGACAUUGAUAUCUCAUUACCUGAAGGGAAGGCAGAAGCUGAUAUCAGUGUUGAAGGUCCAGAGAUGAAAGGAGGCAAAUUCAAAAUGCCAAAAAUAAAGCUGCCAGAGGGUGGUGUCAAAGUGGAAGGACCUGAUGUUAAAGGAAAAAUGGAACUGCCAACAUUUGAUAUUUCACUCCCAAAAGGAAAAGCAAAGGGAGAUGUUGACAUUGAAGGAGAAGCGGGCAAGGGAGGGAAGUUUCACCUGCCAUCAGUUGACAUCUCUCUUCCUAAAAUGAAAGUAAAGGGAGCUGAUGUUGAUAUUGAGGGACCUGAACUUAGAGGUGAUGUUUCACUUCCAGAAGUUGAAGGUGACCUAAAUGUUGAAGGCCCAGAGGUGAAAGGUGGUAAAUUUAAAAUGCCUAAAUUUAAUGUUCCAAAAAUGAAUCUACCAGAGGGUGAUCUCAAACUCAAAGGACCUGACAUGAAAGGAGCAAAGAUCGAGAUGCCACACAUUGAUAUUUCACUUCCCAAAGGAAAAGUAGAGGGGGAUAUGGAUAUUGAAGGACCUUCUGGCAAAGGAGGAAAGUUUCACAUGCCUUCUAUUGAUAUUUCUCUUCCUAAAAUGAAAACAAAAGGACCAGAGGUCAACAUAGAAGGUCCUGAAGUCAAAGGUGGUGACUUGAGCAUGCCAUCAGUUGAUAUUUCUCUACCUAACAUCAAAUCUCCUGAAGCAGAUAUCAGUCUUGAGGGACCUGAUGUUGAUGUUUCACUUCCUAAGGGAAAACUUGGUGGUGACAUAAAUGUUGAAGGUCCUGAGCUGAAAGGAGGCAAAUUCAAAAUGCCAAAAUUUGAUGUGUCUUUACCAAAGAUGAAUCUCCCCAAGGUUGACGUCAACAUUGAGGGACCAGAUCUGAAAGGAAAAGCUGAAAUGCCUUCUGUAGACAUUGCACUCCCCAAAGGAAAGGUGGAAGGUGAACUGGAUGUUGAAGGCCCUGACGUAAAAGGGGGUAAAUUUAAGAUGCCAACAUUUGACGUGUCUUUACCUAAAGUUAGCCUCCCAGAGGGUGAUCUCAAACUCAAAGGUCCAGACAUCAAGGUUGGAAAGAUUGAAAUGCCAGACAUUGAUAUUUCACUUCCCAAAGGAAAAACAGGAGCAGAUAUUGAUAUUGAAGGACCAUCAGGUAAAGGAGGCAAGUUCCAUAUGCCCUCUGUUGACCUGUCUCUUCCUAAAAUAAAAGCCAAAGGACCAAAGCUGGACAUAGAAGGUCCUGAAGUUAAAGGAGGAAAAGUCAACAUGCCAGACAUUGAUAUCUCAUUACCUGAAGGGAAGGCAGAAGCUGAUAUCAGUGUUGAAGGUCCAGAGAUGAAAGGGGGCAAAUUCAAAAUGCCAAAAAUAAAGCUGCCAGAGGGUGGUGUCAAAGUGGAAGGACCUGAUAUUAAAGGAAAAAUGGAACUGCCAACAUUUGAUAUUUCACUCCCAAAAGGAAAAGCAAAGGGAGAUGUUGACAUUGAAGGAGAAGCGGGCAAGGGAGGGAAGUUUCACCUGCCAUCAGUUGACAUCUCUCUUCCUAAAAUGAAAGUAAAGGGAGCUGAUGUUGAUAUUAAGGGACCUGAACUUAGAGGUGAUGUUUCACUUCCAGAAGUUGAAGGUGACCUAAAUGUUGAAGGCCCAGAGGUGAAAGGUGGUAAAUUUAAAAUGCCUAAAUUUAAUGUUCCAAAAAUGAAUCUACCAGAGGGUGAUCUCAAACUCAAAGGACCUGACAUGAAAGGAGCAAAGAUCGAGAUGCCACACAUUGAUAUUUCACUUCCCAAAGGAAAAGUAGAGGGGGAUAUGGAUAUUGAAGGACCUUCUGGCAAAGGAGGAAAGUUUCACAUGCCUUCUAUUGAUAUUUCUCUUCCUAAAAUGAAAACAAAAGGACCAGAGGUCAACAUAGAAGGUCCUGAAGUCAAAGGUAGUGACUUGAGCAUGCCAUCAAUUGAUAUUUCUCUACCUAACAUCAAAUCUCCUGAAGCAGAUAUCAGUCUUGAGGGACCUGAUGUUGAUGUUUCACUUCCUAAGGGAAAACUUGGUGGUGACAUAAAUGUUGAAGGUCCUGAGCUGAAAGGAGGCAAAUUCAAAAUGCCAAAAUUUGAUGUGUCUUUACCAAAGAUGAAUCUCCCCAAGGUUGACGUCAACAUUGAGGGACCAGAUCUGAAAGGAAAAGCUGAAAUGCCUUCUGUAGACAUUGCACUCCCCAAAGGAAAGGUGGAAGGUGAACUGGAUGUUGAAGGCCCUGACGUAAAAGGGGGUAAAUUUAAGAUGCCAACAUUUGACGUGUCUUUACCUAAAGUUAGCCUCCCAGAGGGUGAUCUCAAACUCAAAGGUCCAGAUAUCAAGGUUGGAAAGAUUGAAAUGCCAGACAUUGAUAUUUCACUUCCCAAAGGAAAAACAGGAGCAGAUAUUGAUAUUGAAGGACCAUCAGGUAAAGGAGGCAAGUUCCAUAUGCCCUCUGUUGACCUGUCUCUACCUAAAAUAAAAGCCAAAGGACCAAAGCUGGACAUAGAAGGUCCUGAAGUUAAAGGAGGAAAAGUCAACAUGCCAGACAUUGAUAUCUCAUUACCUGAAGGAAAGGCAGAAGCUGAUAUCAGUGUUGAAGGUCCAGAGAUGAAAGGAGGCAAGUUCAAAAUGCCAAAAUUUGAUGUUUCACUUCCAACAAUAAAGCUACCAGAGGGCAGUGUCAAAGGACCUGAUAUAGGGGAAGGAAAUAUUUCUGUUCCAGGUGGAAAAGUUGAAGGUGAUAUCAGUAUUGAGGGACCAUCUGGAAAGGGAAAUUUUGAAGGGCCAAAAGUUAACCUUUCUGGCAAAAGAGGAGGUGGGCUCCACAUGCCAGCAAUUGACAUAAAUGUCCCUAAAUUUGAUCUCGACCUCAGCCUCUCAUCUGGUAUGAAAAACAAAGACCUUAAAGCGGACAUCAGUGGUCCUGAUGCAUCAGGAGGUUUGGAGAUGCCUGAUCUCAAAGGAGAGGUGAAACCACCUAAGGUGAAAGUUAAGGGUACUGACAUUGGGGCAGGUGGUGUAGAGGGAUCAGGUGCUUCCCUGAAACUUCCCAAUGUCAAACUACCCACAGUUGACAUCUCAGCUCCCAAGGUGGAUCUGGAUUUUGGCAUCAAGAAACCUAAAGGUGAUGAUGUGGAAGUUCAACUUCUGAAAGCAGAGGGAGGCAGACCGUCUUCUGGGGGUAGCUUUGAUCUGCCUAGUAUCAACUUCAAGGUUCCCAGUUUUACUCUUCCAAGGUUUGGUGGAAAGUCAAAAACUGGAGAUUUGGACAUUUCAGGACCUAAGGGAGACAUUACCCUCAGCCCCCCACAUGCAGAAGGUGAGAUAAGGGCACCAUCAGUAGAGUUUGAUGGGGAUGGAAAAGUCAAAGUGAAAAAACCUAAAAUUAAAAUGCCGUCAUUCGGGCUAUCCAAAAAGGAUGCAGAUGUAUCUGUGUCUUGUCCUGAUGUGGAUGUUAAUGUACCAAAGGGACAGAUUGAAAUCCCUAAACCAGAAAUGGAUGUUGAGACCCCAGACAUUAAAUCAAAAUACAAAGUGAAAUUUCCCAAGUUUAAAAUAUCAUCACAAGGACAAAUCCCAGAAGGCAACGUUGAUGCUAAACUGGAUGCAAAUGUAGAAGGGAAGAGUGGUUUCCAUGCACCUGAUGUCCACCUCAAACUUCCCAAGUUCUCAAUGCCUGGAUUUGGCUCCAAAGAUAAAGAUCUAGGAAAUCUGAGUGGUGACCUCGAUGGUAAGGCCAAGGUCAAGAUGCCUUCCAUCGAGCUGUCACUACCCACAGCUAAAACACCAGAGACUGAAGUUCUACUCCCCAAGGCUGAAGUGGACGUCUCUGAAGCUGAUAUCCAAGGGUAUGACGGGAACCUCAAAAUUCCCAAAAUGCCAACAAUUGAUGUUUCCAUCCCUAAGAUAGAUCUGGAUGUGUCCCUGCCUAAAGUAAAACAUGACGCAAAGGCAGAGGGAGGAGGUAAAUUCAAGAUGCCAAAUAUCAAGAUGCCUGACAUUGAUUUGUCCCUCCCUAAAGCAAAGACAGGUGAUAUUGGAGUGGAAGUAGAAGGAGGGAACGUGUCAAACGUUGACAUCUCUCUACCCAAAGGACAGGUUGAUGUUCCAGAUGUUGAAAUUGAGGGGAAAUCAAGUGGGAAAUUCAAAAUGCCUCAUAUGAAACUGCCAAAUGUUGACAUUUCACUGCCAAAAGGAAAAGUUGAAGGUCCUGAGGUUGAUAUUGAAGGAGGUGGAAAGUUCAAAAUGCCCCACAUGAAAAUGCCAAAUAUUGACAUCUCUCUGCCCAAAGGAAAGAUUGAUGGACCUGAGGUGGACCUCAAAGGAGAAGGUGGAAAGUUUAAGGUGCCAGAGAUUAGCAUGCCCUCUAUUGAUAUUUCACUUCCAAAAGGAAAAGUUGAAGGUCCAGAUGUUGAAAUAGAGGGACACGGAGGGAAAUUCAAAAUGCCCCACAUCAAAAUGCCCAAUGUUGACAUCUCUCUACCAAAAGGAAAGGCUGAAGGCCCUGAGGUAGACAUUGAAGGAGAAGGUGGAAAGUUUAAGAUGCCUCACAUUAAAAUGCCAAAUGUUGACAUUUCUCUACCCAAAGGAAAAAUUGAAGGUCCGGAUGUUGAAAUUGAGGGGAAAUCAGGUGGGAAAUUCAAAAUGCCGCAUAUGAAAAUGCCAGAUGUUGACAUUUCAUUGCCAAAAGGAAAAAUUGAAGGUCCUGAAGUUGAUAUUGAAGGAGAAGGUGGAAAGUUCAAGAUGCCCCAUGUUAAAAUGCCAAAGAUUGAAGGACCUGAGGUGGACCUCAAAGGAGAAGGUGGAAAGUUUAAGAUGCCACAGAUUAGCAUGCCCUCUAUUGAUAUUUCACUUCCAAAAGGAAAAGUUGAAGGUCCAGAUGUUGAAAUAGAGGGACAUGAAGGGAAAUUCAAAAUGCCCCACAUCAAAAUGCCCAAUGUUGAUAUGUCUCUACCCAAAGGAAGGGUUGAAGGUCCAGACGUUGACAUCUCCCUACCUAAAGGAAAGAUUGAAGGUCCUGAAGUGGACCUCAAAGGAGAAGGUGGAAAAUUUAAGAUGCCACAUCUCACCAUGCCUUCAGUUGAUAUUUCACUUCCAAAAGGAAAAGUUGAAGGUCCAGAUGUUGACAUCUCUCUGCCUAAAGGAAAGAUUGAAGGUCCAGAUGUUGAGCUCAGAGGAGAAGGAGGAAAGUUUAAGAUGCCACAGAUCAGCAUGCCCUCUAUUGAUGUUUCACUGCCAAAAGGAAAAGUUGAAGGUCCAGAUGUUGAAAUUGAGGGAAAAUCAGGAAGUAAAUUCAAAAUGCCCUAUAUGAAAAUGCCAAAAGUUGAUAUUUCACUGCCAAAAGGAAAAACUGGAAAAAUUGAAGGUCCAGAUGUUGACAUCUCUCUACCCAGAGGAAAAAUUGAAGGUCCAGAUGUUGACAUCUCUUUACCAAAAGGAAAAGUUGAAGGUCCAGAUAUUGAAAUUGAGGGAAAAUCAGGAGGUAAAUUCAAAAUGCCCCAUAUGAAAAUGCCAAAAGUUGACAUUUCACUGCCAAAAGGAAAAACUGGAAAAAUUGAAGGUCCGGAUUUUGACAUCUCUCUACCCAAAGGAAAAAUUGAAGGUCCAGAUGUUGACAUCUCUCUACCAAAAGGAAAAGUUGAAGGUCCAGAUAUUGAAAUUGAGGGGAAAUCAGGUGGGAAAUUCAAAAUGCCGCAUAUGAAAAUGCCAGACAUUGACAUCUCUCUACCCAAGGGAAAGCUUGAAGGUCCUGAUGUAGAUCUGAAAGGAGAAGGUGGAAGGUUUAAGAUGCCACAGAUUAACAUGCCCUCUAUUGAUAUUUCACUACCAAAAGGAAAGGUUGAAGGUCCAGAUGUUGAGAUUGAAGGACAUGGAGGAAAAUUCAAAAUGCCUCAUAUCAAAAUGCCCAACGUUGAUAUCUCUCUACCAAAAGGAAAGAUUGAAGGUCAGAUUGAAAGUCCUGAGGUGGACCUCAAAGGAGAAGGUGGAAAGUUUAAAAUGCCAGAGAUUAGCAUGCCCUCUAUAGAUAUUUCACUCCCAAAAGGAAAGAUUGAAGGUCCAGAUGUUGAUAUCUCCCUACCAAGAGGACAACUGGAAGGUCCUGAUGUUGAAAUUGAGGGGAAAUCAGGUGGAAAAUUCAAAAUGCCCCAUAUGAAAAUGCCAAAAGUUGACAUUUCACUGCCAAAAGGAAAAGUUGAAGGUCCAGAUGUUGACAUCUCUCUACCCAAAGGAAAGAUUGAAGGUCCAGAUGUUGAGCUCAGAGGAGAGGGAGGAAAGUUUAAAAUGCCAGAGAUUAGCAUGCCUUCACUUGAUAUUUCAUUGCCAAAAGGAAAAGCUGAAGGUCCAGACGUUGAAAUUGGGGGAAAAUCGGGUGGGAAGUUCAAAAGGCCCCAUAUGAAAAUGCCAAAAGUUGACAUUUCACUGCCAAAAGGAAAAAUUGAAGGUCCAGAUGUUGACAUCUCUCUACCCAAAGGAAAAAUUGAAGGUCCAGAUGUAGACAUCUCUCUACCUAAAGGAAAGAUUCAAGGUCCUGAAGUGGACCUCAAAGGAGAAGGUGGAAAACUUAAGAUACCACAUUUCAGCAUGCCUUCAGUUGAUAUUUUGCUUCCGAAAGGAAAAGUUGAAGGUCCAGAUGUUGCCGUCUCUCUACCCAAAGGAAAGAUUGAGGGUCCAGCUGUUGAGCUCAGAGAAGGAGGAGGAUUUAAGAUGCCACAGAUUAGCAUGCCUUCACUUGAUGUUUCACUGCCAAAAGGAAAAUUUGAUGGUCCAGAUGUUGAAAUUGAGGGAAAAUCAGGUGGAAAAUUCAAAAUGCCCCAUAUGAAAAUGCCUAAAGUUGACAUUUCACUGCCAAAAGGAAAAACUGAAGGUUCAGAUGUCAACAUCUCUCUACCCAAAGGAAACACUGAAGGUCCUGAAGUGGACCUCAAAGGAGAAGGUGAAAAAUUUAAGCUGCCACAUCUCAGCAUGCCAUCAGUUGAUAUUUCGCUUCCAAAAGGAAAAGUUGAAGGUCCAGAUGUUGACAUUUCUCUGCCAAAAGGAAAAAUUGAAGGACCUGAGGUGGACCUCAAAGGACAAGGUGGAAAGUUUAAAAUGCCAGAGAUUAGCAUGCCCUCUAUAGAUGUUUCACUCCCAAAAGGAAAGAUUGAGGGUCCAGAUAUUGAUAUCUCCCUACCAAGAGGAAAAGUGGAAUGUCCUGAUGUUGAAAUUGAGGGGAAAUCAGGAGGAAAAUUCAAAAUGCCCCAUAUGAAAAUGCCAAAAGUUGACAUUUCAUUGCCAAAAGGGAAGAUUGAAGGACCUGAGGUGGACCUCAAAGGAGAAGGAGGAAAGUUUAAGAUGCCAGAGAUUAGCAUGCCUUCACUUGAUGUGUCACUUCCAAAAGGAAAAGUUGAAGGUCCCGAUGUUGAGCUUAAAGGGGAAAGUGGAAAGUUCAAAAUGCCACAUAUCAUAAUGCCCAAUGUUGACAUCUCUCUGCCCAAAGGAAGAGUUCACGGUCCAGAUGUUGACAUUUCAUUACCCAAAGGAAAAAUUGAAGGUCCUGAGGUGGAUAUUAAAGGAGAAGGUGGAAAGUAUAAAAUGCCACAAAUUAGCAUGCCCUCUAUUGAUGUUUCACUUCCAAGAGGAAAAGUUGAAGGUACAGAUGUUGAAAUAGAGGGAAAAUCAGGUGGAAAAUUCAAGAUGCCUCACAUGAAAAUACCAGACAUUGACAUCUCUCUACCCAAAGGAAAGAUUGAGGGUCCAGAUGUUGACAUCUCUGUAUCAAAAGGAAAGGUUGAAGUUCCAGAUGUUGAAAUUGAAGGUAAAUCAGGUGGGAAAUUCAAAAUGCCUCAUAUGAAGCUACCAAAUGUUGACAUCUCUUUACCCAAAGGAAAGACUGAAGGUUCUGAGGUGGAUAUUAAAGGAGGAGGAAAGUUUAAGAUGCCAGAGAUCAGCAUGCCUUCUGUUGAUAUGUCACUGCCAAAAGGAAAGGCUGAAGGUCCAAACGUUGAAAUUGAAGGACAUAAAGAAGGAAAGUUCAAAAUGCCUCAUAUGAAAAUACCAGAUGUUGACAUAUCUCUGCCCAAAGGAAAAUCUGGCAAAACAGAUGGAGUAGAGUUGGAAUUUGAGGGAGAUGUAGCAGUUCCCUCAAUUGAUGUAUCAUUGCCAAAAGGAAAGGCAAAAGGUCCUGAAGUUGAAAUUACAGCUGAGGGAAGAAAGUUCAAACUGCCAAAGGUCGACAUAUCUGUUCCUAAAGGAAAACCCUCAGUCGAAGGUCCAGAAGUGGACAUUGAGGGGGAUGAAGGACAAUUCAAGUUGCCCAAUGUUAGCAUAACAAUCCCUAAAGGCAAAGUAAACAUUGACACACCAGAGGGGAAAGUGGAGGCUGAGGGAGGAGCCAUGAAGGUUCCACAUAUCAAGAUGCCCAAAGUUGAUAUUUCACUUCCCAAAGGCAAAGGUAAAGAUAUCGAAACACCCUCUAUAGAAAUGGAAGUAACAGGAGGAAAGCUUAAAGGUCCAGAUGUGAAACUCCCAAAAGGAAAAUCUGGCAAAGCAGGAGGGAAAAUUAAAAUGCCAGAGGUUGAAUCCCCAGAUCUGGACUUGGAUGUGAGUCUUGAUAAAUCAAAAGAUGCAGCCAUCCAUGGUGAGGCUGACUUAUCUGCUGAAGGAGAGCAUAAAGGUCUGAAACUCAAGAUGCCAACAAUAGAUAUCAAAGGUCCAAAAGCAGACCUGGAACUUGAUCUAGGACUUCAUCGGGGUGAGGGCAAGAAGGACAAGAAAAAAGUUGAACUUCCUGACUUAGAUCUGGAUACAGGAGGAGCGGGUAAAAAAGCAAAGGGGCCUAAAGUCAAAGGGUCUAAGUUUAAGAUUGGAAUGCCAAAAAAGAAAGCCACUGGAGACAUUGCAGUAGAAACCACAAAACCAGAAAUCUACGGUCCCGAAAUCUCAUCUGAAAAUGGACAUACGGAGGGUAAAGGGGGUAUUAGCGUCACAGUACCAGAGGUUACAUUACCACGUGUUAGUCUGAAAACCAAACAAGGGGGUUCAUCCACCUCAGGAACAGGGGCUUCACCAUCCAGUGCAGAAAUGAAAGUGCCGAGGAUUCCAGACAUUGACUUUGAUAUCGGUACAUCACUGGAUGAAGAUAACGACCAAACAUCAACGGGCAAAAAAAUCAAAAUUCCAAAGUUUGGAGUCCCGUUACCUUCCAUGUCUUCUCCUGAGGGAGGACUGGAUAUCUAUGGACGAGAGAUCCAGUAUGAAGGCCCUAAAAUGCCCAAGGUUAAGAAAGCUGUGUUUGUUCUGGUAAAUCCUCCCCAAACAGAUGAACCUGCAGCAUCCACAGGUGUCCAGGAGGGGGCGACAACAGUUGAGCUUGAAACUGAGGAUGUCAAAGUGAAGAUGCCCAAGAUUAAAAUGAAGCCAAGUUUCGGGAAGUCUAAAGAUAAACCAGAAGAUGUGGAAGAGGACAGGUCAAAGGGAGGGAAAAUGAAAAUGCCUAAAGUAUCAUUUUCUCCUGGAAAAACUGGGUCAUUUGACGUCACCGGUAAAGAAGAAUCUCCAGGUUCAAGCUCCAAUGGUGAAAAGGAGGAAAAAGGGACAUUUAGUGGUAAAAUCAAACUUCCAAAAGUACAGUUAACCACUCCUUAUGCCAAGAUGUUUUCAGCGGAGGAUGACACUGAACUUAGUGCCAAACUGGGACACGAUUCCACACCAGCCGAUGUCGAAGGAGAUGCUAAAGGGCUCAAGGUCAAAUCAGGAAAGCUGCAUUAUGCAGGUUUCGGUGACGAGCAGCGUAAGGACGUGGUAUCGUCUCAGGCCAGAACAGAAAUGCUGGACAGGGACAGUUCGGAGUCCCCCCCUGGAUUUACCAUGGAGUUCAGCUCGGCGAAGGUCCAGGCCUGGAGCGAGACAGAGGGUAGAAGCACAGAGUCUGAGGAAAGAGAGUCCUCCCCCUGGUUCAAGGUCCCCAAGUUCACCUUGAAGCCACACUCCACAGGUUUCCUCCAGAUCACUCCAGAGGGGUCUCCUCAGGCCCAGCGCAGGGGCGAGGUGGGAGGCGAGGCCGACGUCUCGGGCUCCUUCUGCUUCCACACCUCAGGGAUCGACUUCGCCACCCAGGAAACGUCCGAGGAACACCAGGUCUCCUCGGUGGAGGAGGGGGGCGCCGUCACCACGGUCACCAAAACCACCAGAAUCACCCGGCACCUGGUUACCACGGAAACCAGAUCGGGCGAAUCCUCCUCGACGACCACGACAACUCGCCAGGUGACAGACUUCAGCCACUGAGGACGCUGCGAUCACCUCACCUCCUGUGUCUUUUCCUUUGGUGUUCUUCUGUGGUGGUUGCAGUGUUUUUAAAGCUAAGCCUGCAACAUAGCAAACUCCUACCGAGUACAAGUCAAUUUUAUAUUUUAGGUAUGAAUGUGAUGAAAACCAGCAUUAUCGCAGAGUAAUAUAUACUUCCUUUUUUUUCAUUUUAAAUGUGACUAUUUUUUGUUACUGAACUCUGUUAGUUUAGUCGUAAUUAUUUAUCAGAUUUCGUUUGGUUUUUAAGGUUUCGCUCUGAAUGUAAACAUGUCAGGUUGCUCUAUUAUUUAUUUUUGUUCUGAAAAUGUGCUGGAACGAGUCAUUUACUUCUACGUCGAUCAUCAGCAUCAUUGAUUUGACGAUGGUUUCAUGAUUAAAAGUCAUUCUGAACCACUUCAGUCGAGGCCAGCAGAGAAUUUAUGUAAAUACGACUAUAUCAUAGCUUUCUGAAGCCACGCCCUUCAGUACAAAUGUAAUUAUUUUCAUAUUCGCAAAGUCAGGAUGGUAUUUUUCACCCUGAAGAGGCGUGGGCUUUUCUUACUGGUUAUAUAAUCCUAAUCUCGUGCCGUAGUUUUUUAUCUGAAGCCUUUUGCUGGUGCUGUUUCCCAGAGAUGAUCCGAUCUGAUCUGUCUCUGGACUCUUUCUGCUGCGAGAAUCAAACCUGAAACCACGAGGUUCCGGGUUUAUCUCUACGUUUUGGCCAAUCUGCUGCUAAACUAUUUUGUAUUACCUUUUUUUUUUUUUUUUUUUUUUUACUGUACACUGUAAGAAAACAUCACUAAAAUUGUAUAUUUAACAAUCGGGUCUAUAGUUUAAAGCUAUAUUUCUUACGUUGUGAAGGGAUGCUAUUGAGCAAUAAAGAAUAUUCUGAAUUUUGAAGGUGUAAAUGAUAAAACACACUUGACCCUGUAAUGGUAAAAGAUGUGGUUAAAUACAAAAUCUAAAGGAGGAUCAGGCACGUGUUCACUAAGAGGUCAUUAUAAUCUGAUAUUAUUCUGUUUAAUAUGUUACAUUAACCGACGACAUGUUAUUUAGUGCCUUAAAGGUUGAACAGAAGAUCCACUUGUGCUUGUUUUGGAUGUUAGUAGAAUAUAUCUCUAAGCUAAUGUAGAAAAAAAGACAAAAAGAGCAGAGGAAGAGACAAACUCUGGAGUAAAUGUGAGGAUUCUCCGAUUAAAAACGGAUUCAAAUUGUGCAGAGAUCAGUGUGUGAUAGUUCCGAACCCAUAAAGAAUGUGUUAAAACUGACACAACUAAGUAAAAAUAUUACAACUGUGCAAAGGAAUCUAUCGCUUUAGUUUUUUUUAACGUUGCAACUAGUGGCUGACAGCCACUAGUUGCUUCCAUUGACUUACACUGAACUUCUCCAAAAACACUAAGGCCAUUUUUAGACUGGGUAUCUGCUGGGGCGCCGAU